UUUAAUAAUUAAAUAAAUAGAGUCAAGCCCCAAAUAUCCCACACCAUGGACUCUCGUCGAUGUUGCUGGUAGCUGGAGAUGUAUAGUAGCCAACCGCCACGACGCUCUUUACUCAAUUUGGCCGAAUGAGCAAAGGAGGACGUCAGGCAAGGGCGAAGGCAGGAGGCAGAAUGCGUCUUGAGGCAAGACGCCGGCAUCUUCCCGGGUCCUCCUCAAGCGAACCAUUCAAAGGAAGGAUCACAGCUACCUAGCCUCUUAGCCAAUCAGAGACGAGCUUGCAUAGCCGCAGGGGCGACCCCAAGAUGGCCGACCAAAAUGGCCAGCUGGCAUUGCGAUGGUAGCAAGUGGUCCACCCUCGCCUCCACGCUUCGCGCCUUCCCAUGCAAACCCUGUCUCCCUCCAAGCUCUACAAAACAAAAGCUGUUGCUCGCUCUAACACUUUGCACAUAUAUGCAACAACGGCCAUUGUAGCAUAUUUGGAAUCCUGAGGACUCGGGCUCUCAGAUGAGCCCAAACUCGAGAUGAUUCGGUAUGGGUUACCAGAACUAGUCCCAUGCACAUGAAGUGCACGUGCUGAGUGCCACAGCACGUAAAACAAGUGGAAAGUUUAGCUGGUGUCAAACCAUCCCCUCACAGGCAGCACCCUAUUGGCAACAAUGCCACAUACCUGGUACUGACCAAUCAACAAGCAGCUGGCGCGGCUACCACAAUGCAUUGUGUACUCGUCUCAUCCAGCGGUAAUGCUCUCCUCCCUCCUCCAUAUUUUCCUGGCCGAAAAAGCCUAAAGCCAUUUUCAAAACAAUGAGAAUCAUAAUUGCUGUCAACUGACAGUUCAGGCUACUCCUAAAAUAUACAAAAUCUCUUCCCCAUGCUUCAAGGUAUAUACAAUUCAGGGUCAUAUGACUCUUAUAAGCGGGAUAUAGGUUAAAAGGGCCUGAAUUCUGUAACAACACACAAUUGCUUCAUCAGCUACAAAAGCCGGAAAAUCGGUUUCUCCUCAAACUCUUUAAAUAUUUUUGUUGAUAGUCUACAUGGUAAUUGCCCCAACUUUUCCUAAUGCAUCAACAUAGUAACAUGAACACAAAAAAUAAAUAUUUUUUUUUUUAAUAAAUUGACAAUUUUACAUUUUCAAAUAAAAAUGUAAAUUGUAAAAUGUCACCAAUUGUAGUUUUUUUUUUAAUAUUCAUAUGUACAGAAAUGUGUCAAAGACAUGCACUCCAUGUAUGUGUUCAUAUUCAUUUACAUAUAUUAAUAAUUAAAAACCUAAAUCUUAUGAUUGCACACAGGACACAGUUUGCCUUUAAAUAUUUACAUGGUAAUCACUUAUUUGCUGUUGGUAAAAGUUUAUUAGUUCCAAUUGUGGGCGCCCAGCACGUCCAGACACUGGGUGGUGAUGUACCAGACAUGGUCCUCAUCUUCUUACUAAGGUCCUAGAUGGGAAAACAAGGGACGCAGGAUAAUUUGUUGUUGUUAAUGAGGGAUGGUUACUGGAGGCCUGAGGAAGCUAAUGUGAUCCCCAUGUAUGCGUGGGAGUUUACACUUUUGUGAUAGGCCUAAAACAACCCUGGUUGUGGUGUACACUAUCAAUGAAACAACCUUGGUUAUGGUGUGCAGUUUAAGGGUUAAUAAUCCUCCAUAGGUAGAUAGGCCUUAAUCCCAAAACCACUAGACCACUAGCCCUUACCAUCAAUAGAGGGAACUCACCCCAAUUAGCACAAGUAGGUCAGAGUUUCCUAUAUUGUUUCUUAGUGAAAACGUUUCAUCGACAAAUUUAUACUAAUUUGGACAUUCUGUAUGUUACAUUUAAGCAGCAGUGUCAUAAUUAUACAGGUGUGAUGAACCUCAAUAAUAUUCCAGCAUAAGGCCGAUGAGGGGCCUCCAAGAGGCUGCAAAUGAAUUUUGUAAAUUAGUAAUCAUAGUUCUGUGAUCAGGUCAUUCAAAUGAAGACGCUGUAAUGUGAAUAUAUUUACCGGUCAUAAUUACAGAUUCCUCAAGCGCACGAAUCAUCGAAAAAAAACUAGAACAUUUUGAAAACUGAAAAUGAUUAUGUAACACAUUACUGAGUUUUAUUGUUGAAGUGAAGUUUGGAAGAGCUUUAGAGCCCAUUAAGUCUUCAAGCGCUAGACCUUAUGAGCUCAAUUCACCUUUAUUAUUUAGGUUAACUAACAAAUGUUUGUAAUAGCUUAAUCCACUUAAGGUUAAGUAGCAACUGACUUAAUAGCUAUAUCCACUUAAGGUUACCUAACAAAGGACUUUAAAGCUUUAUCCAAUUAAGGUUAAGUAACAAAUGACUUAAUAGCUUAGAUCAACGGACAUUGGGGUUAGGUUUAUCCAACAGUGUCUUUUUGAUGAGACACUGACCCUUACGUUAAUUUGCACUACUAUUUUGGUUAACUAAUGGAGGUCAAUGGGUUGAUUAGUGAAAGGCUGGUCUAAUUAUCUCCUUAAAUUUUUAUGGUUCAUUAUGUUAUAUUAAGCAACUCAGGCUCCUUAAUAAAACAUUUUUUUCUAGAAUAAUUGAUACAUCGCUCUAUUAUCUGGAUUACCUUACUUAAGCCUUUGUUUCAUAUGACUGUAUUUCUGAACAAAUUAUUAUUACUUUAUCUCUCAGGUUGUUGAAGGGUCAGAUCCACUUAAGGAAACACAGUCACUGAUAAACAUGCCUACAAAUUUGACCGAUGGACCUCUGUGGCGCGUUCGACUUUUAUCAUCUACCCCUGAAGCCCUUCCUCCUCGGCCAGAGAUAAACAAAAAAUUUCCAUAUCGGAACACAGUGAUAUUUGAGUGCCAACAUGCAGCAAUUGAUGGUGCUGAUAUCAUAAUGAUUAUUGGUUGGUUCCAUAAAAUCAUUGAUGACAUGCUAAGCGGAAAGCCCAUUGAUGAUUUGCAAUUUGGUCAACUUGCAGACCACAGUCAGACAUCGGAAAUUACCCAACAAAUAAAAUCGGCUCUUGAAAAUGAUCCUGAGCGGUUGAGCUCAUUAAUUAAACUUAAAAAACAAGAGCCUGCCACUUCUGUCCUCAUUGAAGCUUUCGGAGCCCCAGAACCAUCUCAGGCAGAGACAAAAUACUUGGAAAAUGUUUUUCUGAAUAUCUCAGAUGUUGAUAAAUUUCAUGCCAAGUGUCAGUCUGAAAAUAUAUCGUUCAAUUCAGGAUUUACGAGUGUAAUUAACACGGCUCUUGUUGAGGUAGUAAUGGAGGCUGGCUUUACACGAGACGCCUACAAUAUUAGGAGUCGUAUUCCCAUUGAUAUGCGUCGUUACAUGAAAGAUUACUCCAAGACCUUCCUUUCGGGUUUCCAUGGUGCUCCAAUGUUUCAGAGCAUUUCAACACCUUACAAUGUUAAAGAUCAUUUCUGGAUGUAUGCAAAGCAGCAUGAUGUUCAGUUUCAGAAUAACUUGUAGAAAAAAUCAUUUAUUGAAGAUAUGAUCAUUGAGAGAAUGCUUCGACCAGCUGAUUUUUCUCCUGAGAAAUUCUUUGCAAAUCCACAACCUAUUACGAGAGACUAUUUGUUUACAAAUAUGUUUAAACAUCUUUCCAGAACAUACGGAGUAGGUAAACAUGUUCAGCUAACAGAUUUUAAAAGUUAUGUAAAUAUUCAUGCUCUUGACGUUACAUUCAUCUGCUACUUACUCAAAAUAUGUGAAGAGAUCCGGUUUGAUGUCUGGUACUCGUCACGGGGAUUAACAAAAAAUACAGCACAAAACAUUGUUGACAAAACUGUUUCAGUCUUCAGUGAAAUUUGUGAAGAUAUAUAAUGUUUAGAUGUCAGAUUAAGGAAUUCCUUCAUAUGUAAGAAAUCAUAGAUGUCAAGAGUGAGUCACUUUGGGGCUUAAAUAGCCAAAUUACAUUUCAAUAUUUACUGUAACAUUUCGACGUAUAUGUACUUAGUAAUGUGUAAUGUAAAAUUGGCUCCAGCAAGUCAGUAAUAGAUAGUAAGUGCUCUCAAAACAUAAAGCCUCAUUAUCUAGCCUAUCCACCUGUUUUGGUGAAUACUAAUAGUAACGAUGAGGUCAUUGCUAUAUAUGCCGAUGUACAACGAAAUUAAAGAGUAGAAAUCUGAA